AAUGUUUUGGACAUGGCGGAACGCCAGUAUAUGUUCCCGCGACUGAGAAACAUCAACGUCAACGUCACCCACAACACCGCAAUUUUCGAUGUCCCACUACCGACUCCAGACCAAAUGCCACGGUAGCAAUGCAGUUGCCGUCGCCUGCAGCUGGGAUGCGCCUAGACGAGAGCGGCUUGGCCUCAAGGUAGACAGUCUCUUCACGUCCUCUGGAAGGAGUAAAGUCGAGUACUCCGUACGGCAGGACGCGUUGGCGGGCGGCCAGAUUCCGCCGGGCGGGUGCCUGAGGCGUGCGUGAGUGAGGACCGAGGGAAGGAGGUCCCGUUUGAUAUGUGAAAUUGAGAAACGAGGGACUUUACUUGGGGAGCUGGCGGUGGAUUGUAGGUUGGAGGGAGGGUAGUGCCAGG